GACAAUUGGACUCCUGCUUUAACCAUAAGCAAAGUUUUGUUAUCGAUUUGCUCUCUCCUCACUGACUGUAAUCCUGCGGAUCCCUUGGUGGGGUCAAUCGCCACUCAAUAUAUUAAUAAUCGGCAAGAACAUGAUAGGGUUGCUCGAACAUGGACAAAAAAAUAUGCCAACUCAGUAACAUAUCCAGGAGGCAGUGGCUCAUUCUGCUCUGGGAGUUCAAUGACUAAUAUUAGAGGAAAUAGUAUCCACGAGAAAUCAGAUACUACUGAUAUUUUUAAUGGCCGAGUCACUGUUGAUUCAAACAAUAUCUCUACUCCUUCGAGCUGCCUCCAAUCUUCUGUUAUUCCUAAAAAAGGUGUUCUACAAGGUGAGAUUUCUGAUCUCACUGUACCAUAUCCUCAUUUAAAUGGCCAAACCUUUGAUUCCACCUUCGCUGUGGACUCCACGACAAUCAAUCAUCCAACUUUGGAUGUAAAAAAUUCCAGUGAACAUGGUACUCAGCAGCCGCUUUCCAGUGAUUCUGAUAAACAUCCAAGUUGUGAUAUUGACUUGGCAACUCACUACUUUGUGGAAUUAGAUGGAGGUAUAUCCAGUAUUAUCAGAGUCCACCUAGCUUGGGAAGAAUGGAAAUGGGAACAACAUGACUAA